AAUAUGGCUUUAAUAUGGUACUUCUCAAAAGAAGUACUAGAGCUUAAAAGAAAAAAUACUGAAGAUAAUAAAAAUAUAAAAAAAUAUAAAGUUCAAAGAAUAAAUAGUCUUGAAGAUGAAUUAUCAACUACUCCAUCUUUGUUUGAAAGACUUCAGUCAAACAUAAAAUCAUCCAAAUUGCCAGUUUCGAAAGUAAGUGCUGGUCCGGUUGUUACAAACGUUGAAGUGAUUGGUAAUUCUAUGAUUUUGGAUGAGUCUCAAUCAUUACGCAAUACUCAAAGCAAAGUGAGCUCUUCUUCGAACAAUCGGGAAUUUCAGUUGAUUGACUAUUCUAAAGUAAACUAUGACGUGUCAACUAUAGAACCACUUGAUUUUUCAAAAGCCAAUGAAACUGUAUUUUCAACUACAACUGCUGAUAAUAAUUCAACAAUUGAGAAAUCUGGUACACCAGCUACUCCUGAAAAAAUAACUGAUGAACAAUCUCUUCUUGAAGAAACAACUGGUUUACAAUCUACACAAGAAGAUAUAACUGGCGCAGCAUCUACUUUUUCUGGAGAAACAAUUAUGAAUGAUGGAAUCGAAGUGAAGAGAAUUGAAGAUAUUGAGGCGCAUGAUAUUAGUAUUGGAGCACUGCAUACAUUUAUGCCUAAUGAUUGUAAAUUAUUUUUUAUAAUAAUAAUUAACUCAAAUUGAAUGUAUUUUUUUGCACGGGUUUUCUUUGAUUUUUUUAGUUACUGAAGAUGAUGUUCGGAGUUUUCUUAAAGUUUACGCUGGUCUUGAAGAUGCACAUAAGUACCAAAGUAAAAAUAAUGCCAAGUUAUGUGUAACUACUCAGAUACCAAAUGAUUUUUCUGCGCCCGGAGAUAACAAG